AGUAGGGCGACACUUUUUUUGCUAUACUUUGUAUACCAAACUUGAAUUUUUAUAUAAAUUGGCAAAAUUGUACGUCAAAAUGAAAAAAUUUAAACGUCGGAAACGUCGUAAUUGUCAAAUUUUGACUCGAACAAUUAUUUCCUAACCGCCAUAUUAUAUUGCAACCACCGAGUAACCACGCCCGGAAUUUUGGAUUUUUAGUUUUUUCUGCAUAUAUAUUUUCUGAGCCCUAAUACUUUAUUGUGAGAAUAUUAUUCGUCGCUUCUAGGGAUUUACUAUGGAAAAUACAGUGAAACGUAAUGUGAGAUAUCAAAAAUGUACUAUUUGUGGUCUAAAGAGGACCCCUGGACUGGAGCCAAUGUAUUUUUGAAGAAGUUUCCACUUGAUCCAGAUCGUUUUCAAGAUAUAACAAAUUCAGAGAAUGUGCAAUGGAAUGAAAAUAUUUUAUCUAAAAAUGCUGAAUACAGCUUUCUCCCUUUGCCCUCUACUUCGCAGGCACCACAAGGACUUACUUUUGAAAAAACACUAGUUUCCCAGAAUGAAUCAGUAGAAAAUGUUAAAGUUCCUGUUCGCAACUAUGAAAGAAUUGUGGGAAAACCUAAUAGAAAUAGAGAUUCUACAUUAACUGAACGUGAGAAGAUCCUGCUGAGUCAUUUGACUCAAACUUAA